GGAGGGACGCACGUCACUUCCGUUCCGUGGUGGAGAGCGCUGGCGCCGGACGGUGGUGGAGGCUGGUGCGACGGUUGCUGGCAGCCUUCGAGGGACAAUGAGCGACAGCGGGGAGCAGAACUACGGCGAGCGGGUUAAUGUUGAAGAAGGAAAAUGCGGAAGUCGUCAUUUGACAAGUUUUAUAAAUGAGAAUUAUUUGAAGCUCAGGAAUAAGUGAAGCUGAAAUUUGAAAAAAAAAAAGAAAGUGAAUGCAUGCUAAUUAUCAGACCAGAAGUCCCACUUAUAGAAUAUUGAGCAAUUUGUGUGAAGUGGGGAAGAUGAAAGAAGUCAGAAUUUGAAACGGAAGAAUGAAGAAAAGGAAUAAAAAUGAAGUUAAGAUAAGAAGUAAUCUGGAAUCUGAAAGCACUACGCUAAGAAUCCCGUUCUGCUUCCAGAAGCGGAAGUGCUCAUGGGUCCGGCAAGUCUGCAAGGCACACUCCUGCAAGAUCUCGAUCCAAGGAGGACUCAAGGCGAUCCAGGUCAAAAUCUAGAUCCAGGUCUGAAUCUAGAUCUAGAUCAAGGAGGAGUUCUCGUAGACACUAUACAAGAUCACGCUCUCGUUCCCGCUCUCACAGGAGGUCCCGGAGCAGGUCUUACAGUCGGGAUUAUCGACGACGACACAGUCACAGCCAUUCCCCUAUGUCUACUCGUAGGCGUCAUGUUGGAAACAGGGCAAAUCCUGACCCAAACUGUUGUCUCGGUGUGUUUGGAUUGAGUCUGUACACCACAGAAAGGGACCUGAGAGAAGUGUUCUCCAAGUAUGGCCCAAUUGCUGAUGUUUCCAUUGUGUAUGACCAGCAAUCUCGGCGUUCAAGAGGAUUUGCAUUUGUGUAUUUUGAAAAUGUUGAUGAUGCAAAGGAGGCUAAAGAGCGUGCCAAUGGAAUGGAACUUGAUGGGAGAAGAAUCCGGGUAGAUUUCUCCAUAACAAAAAGGCCUCACACCCCCACACCUGGAAUCUACAUGGGGAGACCAACUUAUGGCAGCUCCCGACGAAGAGAUUACUAUGACAGAGGGUAUGACAGAGGGUAUGAUGAUCGUGAAUAUUACAGCAGAUCUUAUAGAGGAGGUGGUGGUGGAGGAGGAGGAGGAGGAUGGAGAGCUGCCCAAGACAGGGAUCAGAUUUACAGGAGAAGAUCACCCUCCCCAUACUACAGCCGAGGAGGUUACAGAUCUCGAUCCAGAUCUCGAUCCUAUUCACCUCGUCGCUAUUAAAACAUGAAGUUUAGAUGAAUUUCUAACUAAAGCCCUUGAGCUGGGAAUCGCAGAUAUGUGGACAAUAUUUUUAUUGUCUAUUCUGUUUAAAAAGUGAGCAGUGCCUAGUGAAUAGGUGACUUUUACACCUUUUAUGAAGACUACUUUUUGGUGAAGUUAAAAUGCUGUUUCAUUCUGCAUAUCUGUGUAGUUCGGUGCUUUGUUCAAAGUUGUGUUUUUGAGAGGAGUAUGUUUUGCAUGUAUUUUUUUAGUCAGAAUUUUGACUGCUGAAAGGUUUCUAUUAUACAAAACUGUUCAUUUAAAGUUUUUUCUACUGAUUCCAGGGUAUUCUGAAGAUCAAAACCUGUGUAAAAUGCUUUCAAAUGGUAAAUAAUAAACAGUUUGAUUUUUACUUCCCAAA